AUGGUAACGAAUUGCACGAAGUUGGGUGCCUCUCAUGACUCUCAUAAUGCAGCCAUUAUUGAUGCCAAUUUCUCACCAGUUCCAGACAGAAGAGCAUACUUUUUCUCUCUCUCUUUUCAAACCUUUUUCUCUCUUUUCAAGACUUACAUAUAUCUAUCUAUCUAUCUAUCUAUGUUUAAGUAUAUCUAUCUAUCUAUGUUUAAGUAUAUCUAUCUAUCUAUCUAUCUAUGUUUAAGUAUAUCUAUUUAUCUAUCUAUAUCUAUCUAUCUAUCUAUGUUUGAUAUUAUCAAUGUUCUUGAAUUAAUGUUCUUAUAUAUCUAUCUAUCUAUCUAUCUAUCUAUCUAUCUAUCUAUCUAUCUCUACUCUUUAAAAUGUUACAUAGCCAUUUUUUGUUCAUUCUUCUUCCUUGCACAGAUGUUGAUAGGUUACAUUUCUGUCAGCAUCCUUUUUCAACCAUCACGUUUAUCUGUACCCAACUCCACCACAGCCACAUUAGGGCCCUUAAUCAUCUUUAUCUAUAUAACUCUCCUCCUCCUCUUCUAUAGGCCAAUUCUUACUCCCUCUCUUUUUAUUCUUUCCUUUUUCUUUUUUCCUUCUUUCCUUCCUUUGCCUUUCAAAUUUCCUGUGAAGAAACGUUUUUCUUCAUUUUAG